CUUAUGUCACUUCUCUAUCUUUUCUUAUUCCUAGAGCCGCACUCCAGAGUCGGAGAUGAAGUUGUUUGCUCUCUACCUCCUCCCGGUGGUCGUUCUGCUCAAGGCCACGGAGGCGCUGAUCCCCCCAGAAAACCUGAAACAGAUCUCAGAGGAGGGAGGUAAGUACAUCACUGCCCAGUUUGAGAAUGCGCUGAACGGAGUGCGACAGAUGAAGAUCCUCAUGGACCGGACCGGACAGGAUCACCAGGAGAUACUGCGCUCCCUAGAGGAGACCAAGAGGAAUAAGGAGGAUGCCCUCAAAUCUGCGCUGGAGUCAGAGCAGCAGCUUUCGGAUAGCCAGGAGGUCUGCAACGACACGGUUCUGGCGCUGUGGGAGGAGUGUAAGCCCUGCCUGAAGCACACCUGCGUCCGGUUCUACUCCAAGACCUGCAGGAGCGGCGCCGGGCUGGUCGGACGCCAGUUUGACGACUUCCUGAACAGGACGUCUCCGUUUUCCAUUUACAUUAAUGGAGAGAAGAUGGACACGUUGACCAAGCAGGACGAGCAGCAGCACAUGACCCUGGAGGACCUAGAGGACGGGUACAGCAUUGUGGAGGACAGUGUGGACGAGCUCUUCAAGGACAGUAUCAAGGCCUUCUCCAACAUGAGACCCUUCGUCACAAACCCCUUCCAGGGCCUGGCCACUGACCCCCUGUGGAAUCCCUUCCCGUUCCAGAGGCCCAGCUUCCCCAAACACCUCCGCAGGGAGAGGUCAACACUUUUUGACCCAUUUUUCCAAGGCAACUUUGGGUCUCUUUUUGAUGCUGCAAAGAAGAUAAUGGAGCGACACAACCAGCUGGUCCAACAGGCAUCUGAGAGGAGAGGAAAUGAAACCGAUGAUAAAGUCGUCUGCCGGGAGCUGAGGAGGAACUCCGCCGGAUGCCUGAAGAUGAAGGAGAAGUGUGAGAAGUGCAAGGAGAUUCUGGCCAUCGACUGUAUCAGGAACGAUCAAAUGCAAGAAAAACUGAAGGAGAAGUUUGAGGAAUCCGUCCGUCUAGCUGAGAACUUCACCCGGCAGUACGAUGACUUAUUACAGAGGUUCCGGGAGAGGAUGCUGAACGCAACCAAUGUAUUAGAAGACCUGAGUCAGCAGUUCAGAUGGGUGUCCAAGCUGACCAACCUCACCGAGGACAAGAACGGGAUAUUCCAAGUGUCUACAGCAUAUUCCAGUACAGGAGGGGAACCAUCUGAGACCACUGUAACAGUGAAUCUUUUCGACUCUGAGCCCUUUACCUUCACCGUACCCGGCGAUAUCCGCAUGGAGGAUCCAAAAUUUGCAGAGCUGGUUGCUGAGGAGGCUUUGAAGAGAUUCCGGAAAGAAGUCAUUGAGGCCGCCUGAUAGGAUGGAUAGUCGCACGCUUGCUCCCAAUGCCUUUUCCAUCCCAGUAGAGCUCAGCGCCUUUGCUGUUCUGCGCCUGAUCUCCGAUGAUUCCUGGACAGUCAUCUAUAUAACUGUCUACUUCCAGCGCUAAUCCCCGGUCUUACUACUGUUACACUAUUACUACUGGAUCUAAAGUUUGCUGCUUUUUUUAUGUAGGGACCAAAAAUGUAAAAAUAAAUAAAAUGAAAUAAUUAAAAGGAA